AUGCUACCCUGGGAAAAGGACGGACCUUAUGGCGGCCGUGGGGGCAGUCCCUAUGAUCUCAGAGAUCCCGAACACAAGAUAAAGCGUAUUGACGCCUGGGACGCGAAUUGGAAGAACUACCCUGUCCUCGGUGCACUCAGAUUCCAAUUCGACGAUGGCCACCAAAGCGAGCGUAUUGGGGGCAAAGACCCUCACACCGACUAUCACCUCCAUUCUUUCGAAUUCUUGGACGGUGAAAGAAUAAAUCAUAUGACUGUAUUUGCAGGACAUAACGACGGUUUUUUCAACGGGUUUCAGUUCCACACAACCCUAAACCGCCACUGGGAGGUUGGGGGACGGGAGGGGGAAGCAACUGACCUGCCAAACCUUGGUAAUGGUGAAUGGGUUGGGGCUACCGGCAGAGAUGAAGUCAGUGGUGCUGAUGCCGUUGUGGACAGCAUGUGUCUCUAUUUCAAGAAGGAAAGAGAAGAUACGUUUUCGGGCUACUAA